AUGCCCGUCGGGUACCUGCCAUCUUCGUUCAAUGUGGGCCUAUUGCUCAGUAUCAGUGUGUAUCGAUUGUUCUUUCAUCGCCUGAGACGUUUUCCCGGUCCCCUGGGGUCGAAGCUCACGCAGUUCUACAACGCUUACCUUGCGGCGAGAGACCUGCAGUACAAUGUCGAGAUUGGAAAGUUGCACGACCAGAAUGGUGACUUUGUCCGAACCGCGCUGGGGACCUACAAGCCGCGGAUCAAAGCCAAAGUCGAUUUGCUGUCGGCUCAGAUGGGCGCCGACCUGGACCGGAACUUCGAUGCGACCGCGUGGUCCAUGUUUCUGAGCUUCGACAUUAUGGGUGUCGGGUUCGGUGAGGACUUUGAGAAUCUGACCACUGGAGUAGAGCACCCUGCCAUUGGAGGUGUCCAUGACAAUAUGACUGCUGCCGGAGUCAUGGGCCACAUCCCAUGGCUCUUAAACUUCUUGGUCAGCUACCAGGAGCCACGUCGGGCUAUACCAGUUUUUUCUAAUGGCGUGCGGACGAAAUCGAACGGAAGAAAAAGUGAAUAUCCAGAGGAUAUCGUAUCAUGGGAUAUCGUAUCAUGGUUGCGCAAAGCAUACAUAGAAAAGGAUAUCUCUGGCCCUCCUUCGGAAGGGGCGCUUCGCCAGGAUUCGCACGUUCUCGUUGUUGCUGGUAGCGAAACCACCGCGACCAUCUUGACUACGAUCCUCUUCUAUCUCGCCAAACAUCCUGCUGUUUUGUUCAAGCUCAAACGUUACUUGGACUUACUUGGACGAAGCGAUGCCGGACGGCCCGGAGGACUGGAGAUAUGGGAGAGUCAAACAAUUACAUCCAUUGACGAUAUCAAAAACGCCAAACAAUUCAUUCCGGAGCGAUGGACUGAAAAGAGGAUGGAAAUAUCGACGGACGGAGCGCCGUUCUUCUCUUUUCUGCUCGGUAUUAUUCAGUCCACGCCUAUUUCGAAAAGUCCACUAUGCUGA